AUGAAGUAUCAAAUUUUAGAGAUGAGUACUCUUUGCUAAAGCAGAACCUAACUUAGUCAUUAAUUAAUAUCCAGAGCAAAAGCUUAAAAUGAAAAAACGAAAGAGUUAAAUUAACAAAGAAAAAAAAAACACAAACAGUAUAAUAAUGAAAAAUAAAUCAAAUAAAAAGCUUAUAAAUAAAUUAAAAGAGUUAGUCAUAUUAUUUUAAAUUCAUUUUUAUAUUAAAAAAUAUCACAAUCCAAAGCAUAUAAACAAUUUUUAGUCAAGCAAAAGUGUCAAAUUUGUGAGAUUGAUUAGUGCAGUUUACUUUUGCUUAAUCUAAUUCUGAAACACCUUUACCACUAAUUUAGAUUAUGUUAGUUUAAAGUUUGA